AUGCACCUCUCCCUUCCGUCGCGGCUGGAGAAUUUGGUCCGGGCGGAGUUCGAGGACACCUGUCGUCGCCGCUUCUUCUUUGGGUUGGCCUUCGACCCGUACGGUGGGGCGGCGGGCCUCUACGACAUGGGCCCGCCGCUCUGCGCCAUGAAGGCGAACCUGCUCGCCCACUGGCGUCAGCACUUUGUGCUGGAGGAGAACAUGUGCGAGGUGGACACGACGUGCCUGACGCCGGCGGAGGUCUUCAAGGCCUCCGGCCACGUCUUGCGCUUCAACGAUGUUAUGGUGCGGGAUACCGUCACGGGCGAGUGUAUCCGCGCCGACAAGCUGCUCGAAGAGUACUGCGAGGCGCAGCUGAAGGACACCGUCGCCCUGCCUGACGCGCGGCGGCAGGAGUUGCAGACGCUCCGCAACACGGCGGGGGGCAUGACCCCGGCGGAGAUCCAGGCGGCGGUGGCGCACCACCAGAUCACCUCGCCCAAGGGCCACGCUCUCAGCGAACCGUUUCCGUUCAACCUCAUGUUUGCCACGAACAUUGGCCCGGAGGGGGAUCGGGUGGGGUACAUGCGCCCGGAACUCGCCCAGGGCAUCAUACUUAACUUUAAGCGCCUCCUCGACUCCGGCAACGCGCAGCGCAUGCCGUUCGCAGGUGCCUGCAUUGGCACCGCCUUCCGCAACGAGAUAGCCCCUCGCGCCGCCCUUCUCCGCGUCCGCGAGUUUACGCUGGCGGAGAUCGAACACUUUGUCAACCCCAACGACAAGCAUCACGACAAGUUUGCCGCCGUCAAGGACACCGAGUUCUGGGCGUGGUCGCGGGAACUGCAGGCAGCCAAUGCCGAGCCGGUCUGCAUAACUGUUGGGAACGCCGUGGCGCAGCAGAUCAUCGACAACGAGACGCUCGGGUACUUCAUUGCCCGCACAGCGCUCUUCUUGACGGCGGUCGGGGUGCGCUUCGUCCGCUUCCGCCAGCACCAGCGCAACGAGAUGGCGCACUACGCUCAGGACUGCUGGGAUGCCGAGCUGCUCACCUCCUACGGCUGGGUGGAGUGCGUUGGCAUCGCCGACCGCUCCGCCUACGACCUUACGCAGCACAGCGCAGCCAGUAAGAAGGACCUGUUUGCCCGCGAGGAGUUCACGGAGCCACGCACCGAGCGUCAGCUGCAGCGCAAGCUACAAAAGGGCGCGAUUGGCAAGGCCUUUGGCAGAAAUGCCGGAGAGGUGAUGGCAUACCUGACGGCCGCGCCAGAGGCGGCGUGCGUUGAGCUCGGCGAGCGACUGGCAUCCUCUGGCAGCGCGGAGAUCACGACGGCGAGCGGCUUCACCGCGACGCUGCGUCCGGGGAUGGUGCAGUUUGACUACAAGGAGGUUAAGGUAACGGGUCGGAACUACAUCCCCAGCGUCAUUGAGCCUUCCUUCGGCGUCGGCCGCAUCCUCUACGCGCUGCUCGAGCAGAGCUACUGGGUGCGCCGCGACGAGAGCGCCAAGAACGAGAAGCGCGCUGUCUUCAGUCUUCGGCCCGUGAUCGCGCCGCAGAAGGUGGCGGUGCUGCCGCUGCUCGUGAAGCCGGAACUGACGGCGGCAGUGGAGGGGAUUCGCAGCGAGUUGGUGCUGCGCGGCAUCUCCACCCGCACCGACGACAGCGGGGCCUCGAUUGGGAAGAAGUACGCCCGCGUGGACGAGCUCGGCAUUCCCUUCUGCGUCACCUGCGAUUUUGAGGCGGACGGAUGCGUCACACUUCGGGAGCGCGACAGCGCCCGACAGGUGCGCAUCCCUCUCGCAAAGGUCGCCGACGUCGUGGCGGCGCUGAGCCGCCCGUCGCAGCCACGUGAUUGGGGCAGCGUCGAGGCGGAGUUCCCUGCCCAGGCCGCCGCCACCGCGUAG